AUGUGGGUGCACAUGUAUGUGAUGUCGGCGGGAAUGGUGCACGCACACCCGUCGAAUACUGCAUCAAAUAUGGAGAACACUGAGUGGCUUGCAGCUGCAUGUGGCCCUGUUGGCCCUCACACCUCAUGGCCCUUGGAUGGUGUGUCCAUGAGUUCUGUGGCAGCAGCUCUGUGCCCUCCGUGCCAUGGACGAGUCGUGAACAUCUCCAUGACGAGCCUCGUUCGAGUGGCGGGCACCGAGGCGGUCAUCCCUUGCCACGUCAGUGACUACGAGGGCCCCAGGGAGCAGAACUUCGACUGGACCUUCUCUUCCUCGGAGGCCUCUUCCUUUGAGCCCAUCAUGAGCACCUGGGAGCCAGCUUUCACGGCCCCGCUGUUCGAGCCCCGCGUGGCCAACGGGGAGAUCCAGCUGAGGCGGACAGGCCACGACGGGGUGGAGCUUCUGAUCCGGCCCAUCGGGCCUGCCGACCAAGGUCGCUACAAGUGCUCAACCCCCAGCACCGACGCCACUGUCCAGGGCAACUAUGAGGACGUGGUCCAUGUCAGAGUGCUCGUGGACAAGCUGCAUGUGGGCGCAGGAGGCCAGGAGUCUGCAUCUUUGCGCGUAGCCCAAGGGGACCCGUUGGAGCUGCAGUGCUCUGCCUCCACUGCCACUGCAGAGCACACGCACCUGGCCGUGCAUUGGGAGGUCUGGCGGGGCCGGGAGCGGCGCACUGUCCUCUCUCUGACACACACGGGCCGCCUCCGUCCCGGCCCCGAGUUUGAGCAACGCUACCGGAGUGGAGAUGUGCGCUUGGACACUGCCGGCGAGGACACUUUCCGCUUGUCUGUGGCCCGGGCCCAGCUUGGGGACCAGGGCGCCUACAGAUGUGUGGUCAGCGAGUGGGUCAGUGAGGCCGGGAGCUGGCAAGAGAUCCAAGAGAAGAGCGUGGAUGUGGCGAACGUGACGGUCCACCUGACCGCUCUCAGUGUGACCCUCCGCAACCAGAACGUAACUGUGGCAGAAGGCAGUGACCUGGCUCUUAACUGUAUGGUGGUGGCGGCAGCCCGGAGCGACGUGGUCCAAACCGCGGUAACGUGGUAUUUCAGCAGGGGCCCGGACCCCACUCUGCCACCUCACGCCCGGGUCCUGGCCAGCUUAGACCACCGGUCUGUGUUGAGAGCCUUACCCCAAGUGGGCCUGAGCCAUGUGGCCCCGGGCUCCUAUCGCUUGCUCAUUCAGGAUGCCGGCUCGGACAGCACUGGCUACUACUUCUGCCGGGCGGCCCUGUGGGCCCCAGGCGCCGACGGGAGCUGGAAUCAGGUAGCUGAAGGAACGUCUGCUCCGGCCCGGGUCCAGGUGACGAUACCAGAGCCAGAGUUCCGGGCCCUGCUGAAUGUCUCUGAGAUGCCGACCCUCCCGGAGGCACCCAUGGAACUGGAGUGCCGCGUCGUGGGCCCGCCGGCACCGGACACCAGGGUGCGCUUCGCCGUGUCGUGGUUCCGCCGGCAGCCUCUGCGCAGCGACGACGUGGCUCCCGAUGAGCUCCUCGCUUCCAUGGACCAGGACGGGUUAUUGCAGGCUGGGGCCCAGAGCCGGGUGCGGACGCAGCGCGGGGAGAUGAUCUUCUCCCGAGGAGCCGUGGACAGAUUUCACUUCCGGGUGCAGGGGGCCACUGAAGGGGACCAGGGGGUUUACUUCUGUGCCGUGUCUGCGUGGACCAGGCAGCAGAACCACAGCUGGGUGAAGAGCCGGGAGGUGCUGUCGGAUCCGGUCACUGUCUUCUGGGCCCCAGCGGUUUCAGAUGCGGAGCUGACGGUUGAGGCCCGGCAGUCCCAGGUCCCGCCAGCCACGGGGAGCUUAUUCGAGAUGACGUGCGAGGUCACCUCCCAGCCCGCGCCUGCAGCCCGACUCUCCGUCCUGGUCACGGCUGAGAGGCCCGCCACGGCUCCGGCCACUCCCCACGGCCCCAACGACACUGUGGUUGUGGUCUCCCUGAGCCGGGACUCGGUGGUCAGGCUGGAGGACCAGGCCGACCGGGCCCGGAUGGGUGCCGUGGUGCUGGAGAAGGUGCGGGAGCGUGAGUUCCGCUACCGCAUGUACCGGGCCCAGCUGGCCGACACGGGCCUCUACCGCUGUGCUGUGACUGCCUGGCUCCCGGUGGCUGGUGGCCAGUGGAGAGAAGCUGCCACCGGCCUGUCCAAUCCCAUCCUGCUGGACUUGCAGACGUCAGGACCUGUGUUCAAUGUCUCGGUGCACUCGGACAGGCCCACGGUGUACCGUGGUGACCUGGUCAGCCUGUUCUGCAUUGUUUCGGUGGACGGAGGAGCCCCUGACCCAGAGGACCUGACCUUUGACGUGGCAUGGUUCACGGUGCCCUCGUUCGGCCCAGGAAGAGGCCCCAUCCACCUGGCUACGCUGGACCGGAGCGGGGUUGUGGACAAGGCCCGGCACCCCUGGAAGAGCGAUGUCAGCCUGGAGCGCACCAGCACCAUGGAGUUCCUGCUCCAGCUUCACGGCGCCGAGGACCAGGACCUGGGCAGCUACUACUGCUCUGUGACACCUUGGGUGAGGUCGGCUACAGGGGUCUGGCAGAGGGAGCCGGAGGUCCAAGCCAAGCCCCUGUUGGUAGCCGUCAGGAUGGAUGUGCUGGAAGCCUUCAAGUAUCCCAUGCUGAUCGGCGUGGGCCUGGCCUCCGGCGUGGGCCUCUUGUCCUGCCUCAUCGGCUACUGUAGCUCACACUGGUGUUGCCGGAAGGAAGUGCAGGAGACGCGCCGGGAGCGACGCAGACUCAUGUCGAUGGAGAUGGACUGAGGCCCCCGGUGGCGGCCGGGCAGCUGGGGGCCCUGCGACGUGCCUGGACGGAGCCGCCACCCCUCGGCCACCUGGACUCCGGUGGGCCACCCGCACUGUUGGCUCUGCCUUGUUGGCCCCAGGAGUUCUGAUGCCUGGCCCCACCCACACGGCCUCCAGGAUCACCCUGGGCACGGUGACCCUGUCGUGUUGCCCGCCACCUGACUCUAGGCCCGGGGCGUCGGGCAAAAGAAGAGACAGCAAAGGUAUAGACUCCAGCCACGCUCAACAUCUCCCUCUGCCCUUCCUGCUGGUCAGGGGCUGGGGGAAAGUUGGGGGGCCGGGGUGGCUGCCCGAGGGCUGGCCUCACCCAGCCCGAGACCCCUGGACCCCGACCCCAAAGGGGGCAGGGACUUUCCCUCCUGCCCUCAUGGUCAGGGUGGCACCACGAGCCCCAGACUGUGUGCGCUGGAGUUCUGUGGAGAAGACGGGGAGUCUUCCCGACUCUGCCUUCCGCACCCUGUGGGUGUGGUCAGCAUUGGUCUGGGGGCUGGACGGGCCAGUGCUUUCACAUCAGCCCAUUGCUGCCCUCCCGACAUCCCCGUGAGUUAGGGACAGGCAGGAAUUAUUUACCUCACUUUGCCCUUGGGGAAACCGAGGCUCACUGAGGUUCGGUGACUUGCCCAAAGUCACCCAGACGGCCCAUGGCAGAGCUGAGCCUUGAACCCUAGUCUUCCGCCACCCAGGCCCGUGCUCUUUUGCCACACCAGGCUGGGCCCGAAGAGGAGGCCGGCUUCUGUCGCAUGCUGGUCGUUUCCCCAGGAGUGACCACGAGGCCCAGACCACUUCUGCCCUCUGUCCUCUGGCCAUCUCUGCUCUCCUGAUGGGGAAGGAAGUGGCCCAGGGCGGGGACGAAUGUCUUCCAGGUCCCACUGUUUGCUGGUUUUUAAAAAAUUCACCCAAGCAACUGCUGCUUCUCAGGGUCUCAGCCCCUGGCACUCCUGCCUCCCAGCGUCCCCUUUCUCUCGAGCAAUAAGAUGCGUUGGAGAGGAGAAUCGGGUGUGACCCCAGGAGCUGUUCUGGGGAGAGAGGCUGCCCUGACUCUUCUCCUUCUUUGUUACUCCUGGUUUCCAGUCGGCCCACCUUCCAUCGGCCACCCCCUCCCGCCUAACUCCUCACUCCUCCAGCCCACUGAUCUUCCCCUUUGCCACUCCACCGCCCCCCC